CAGUACAAGAAAGACUUCCUUCGACGCGCAUCAGGAGUGACGCUUUCAACUUACAAGACGGCUGAUGCUGUGUAAGGGGAAGCCACGUCUGUGUCACUCAUGGAUGUUAGGGGUGUUGUUAGCCCUGGUGGGUCGACAUCCAGAGCAGAUGAGGAGCAAGACAAUAUAGCACUCCUUCGGGAUGCUGUGCCUCAGCUAGAGUCUCUGUUUGUUAUCAGUCAGUGUAUUGGACAUGGCACGUUCAGCUCUGUGUACUUGGCUCGCACCAAACACACCACCACCAUCAAUGGCCGGCAUCACUUUGCUAUCAAACACAUUAUACCUACGUCUCACCCGUCAAGGGUCUACAUGGAACUGAAAUGUCUCAAGCUGAUUGGCGGUUCAGACAACGUAAUGGGGGUGACGAUGUGCUUCCGGGAAAUGAACCAUGUUGUUCUUGUGAUGCCUUACUUCCCACACGAUUCCUUUGCUGACUAUGUUGGCUGUUUGACCAUAGCAGAGCUACAGAAUUACCUAAGAAACCUUUUGAUUGCCCUGAGACGGGUGCAUAGUUUUGGCAUCAUACAUCGAGAUGUCAAACCGGCCAACUUUCUCUACAACCGAAAACAACAGAGGUACUCCUUGGUGGACUUUGGCUUAGCACAGGAAGUCAGCCAAAUAAAGACAUCAGCCAUGCAUGGCAACUUGGCACGAAUAAACCGUGCAAGAAUAGAGGCUGCGAACCAGAUGCUCACACCACCCACAGUUGAGACACCACACCAUCCCGCCAACAAGACAGUCAAGAGGAAAUUGGUUGUCAGUCCUGGAGAACCAACAGAGGCUGAGAAAAGUGUCAAACGAGCAAGGCAGGGAUCACCUCCAUCAACAUCUGUGUCGAGCAUCCUCUCUACAACAACAAACAGAGUUAAUACAGCAUUACGUCGUUCACCAAGAAAGCAGUGUUCCAUUGCACCAUCACCAAAGAAGGAAAAUUUUGAGUUAAUGGGGACACCAAGGAAGGUUACGAUUCAGAGUUCAAAUAUACAACAGGACUCCCCAAGCAAACAUACCAGAAAUGCAGAAGCUAUUCGUAGGUUAGAGUCACCAGACUUUAAUGGCUUUGAGGGUUCUGGCCAGUCUCAUCAACUCCUGCGACAAGAGGGUGGUAGAGUUUUAAGACGCUCUCCUCGGAAACCGGCACCUGUGAACAACACAUCCACUCAGCUUGAGGGCUUAGCUAAACAUUUGCAGGAGGUUACAUCUAGACAAGGUACAACAAGAAAUUGCAGUAACAAAGUUUUCAGUGAACCAACAGAGGCUGAGAAGUGUCAAACAACUGAGAUGAGUUAUUGGUUAAAUAAUGGAAUUAUCUUUUCUUUCAUUGCUACUUUGGCUUUCACACAAACUGUUCAUCACUGCAACUGCGUGACUCAGCUGCUGUACUUGGAAGAGGAUGUGAUUGUACAAACCCGAAAAGGAGCAAUGUUGCAGCCAGUGAGUUGUAAGUGUUAUGGUCAUCCCCGAGUCUGUAGUGUGUGUGUUACAAGAACAAAUCAGGUGGCCCCAAGAGCUGGCACCCCUGGAUUUAGGGCUCCUGAAGUGCUUCUGCGUCACCCUGAUCAAGGAACUGCUGUCGAUAUGUGGUCAGUUGGUGUUAUCCUGUUGUGCCUUCUAAGUGGACGUUACCCUUUCUUCCGUGCUGUUGAUGACCUCUCCACCUUAGCUGAAAUAGCAACAUUACUUGGAACACAAGUGAUGAAGAAGACAGCAGCACAUUUGGGAAAACUGUUUACUUGCUCAGAAACCAGAAAUCCACUUGAUUUGAUGAAAGUUUGUGAGAUUCUUCGUAGCAACUCUAGGAGAAGCAACAUCAACAUAGACAAAGAGACCCUGCCACAGCCAUGUCCAAGCUGCUACCAGCAAGAAAUGUGUGUGUGUCUCAUCCCCCCCACCAAGGCCACUACCUCACAGAAUGCAUCUGGGCAAUCCGGCAAGAAGAGAUCACAGGCUCAGGAACGACAUCAGCCUCCCAAGACACCUGGGGCACAUCGGAAGGGAAAUACAUUGGGUGGCGUCUCGUCAACCUCAAGGACAGAACCUGAGGCUGCAGGCACUAGUAAAAAAGCACAGGAGCAGGUGCAGGCACAGCCCCAAGGACCAACAACUACCACACCAAAGGAGGAGGACCAGACCAGAGCAGCAGCCUCAGACAGUAGCUGUAUCGUUGUCACCCCAUCUUCCUCUUGCAAGAAGAUGCAGCCUGAGCCAGAGCUGCCAAGAGACUCCCUGGAGGUGAUUGAGGUUAAGAUUAAAGAAGACAGACACUGCAAUGCUGUUGCCGCAGCAUACCCACCACUUGUUUACCACCUGUUGAUUAGGCUCCUAGAUCCCAAUCCAGAUACUCGCAUUACUGCUCAAGAAGCCUUAGAUCAUCCCUUUUUAAAAUGUCCUUUAGGUUAGCUCUCUAGGUGCAUGUGUAUGGUACAUUACUGCGUUUGUGGUAUUUUUAUACGGUUUUGAUUAAGGGUUAGAGUUCAUUAGCUAAGGCAAUGUUGAAGUUGUGUUAGAAUAUUUGAGAUUGAUAUAUUUAUUAUGAUAUUUACAAUGGGGAUAAUGUGGCUGAAAAUCAAGCAUAAGCAAGUGGACUUGGCUGUCUCAUUGUAUAUUAUUUUUGUACAAGAACCGUGUAUCGACCAUUGGAUUAUACAUUUUGUUAUACUAUUCAUCUUUUUAUCUUUUUUUUUUAUUACUUUACAGUACAAUUAAUAUUAGUGUAAAACAUAUUCGUGUUCAUAUGAUAACAGUACUUUGGAAGGAGUUGGAUUGAGUAAAAAAAAUAAAUAAAUAAAUGCCAAAAAGAACAAAGUAAUGAUACUUUAAUAUAAUUUACUCAAAAGCAAAAUGAAGAAGUGCAUAUGUCCAGAAAAUUUUGAAUUUUCUAUGUUUAUGAAAAGGUAAUGGAAAUUUGCAGAGAUGAUAAAUUUUAUUUUUUAUGUGUUUAUUGUCUACUAUAAAUAUAUUGUUAAAGAUCUUGCCAUGAAUAUUAAAAUUGUUAGAUGCUGAGCUGCCAAAGAGGAUUGAGAAUGAUUACAGAUACUUAAUUAUUCAAUCAUGGUUAAUGUGAUUAACAGUAACAGUAACAAAGCAGCUGAAUUACACUGUUUAUGAAAGGGCCUUUUUAAUAGUAAUUUUUUGCUUUAGGAAGUUACAGUCCUCAGGGAGGUGAAGGAAGGAAGAACCGUUGAAAUAUCAUUUUCCUGUCUUUUGUGUUUAUUUUGUGUGUAUAUUGCCCUCCUCAGUUUCUGUCUUUCCCAUUACGAGACAUUCACAGUCAGACUUGAGCUCGUACUCUCAGACCCCUGCUCAAAGUGACAUUCAAAGUUACAUUCAAACUGAAAUAGCCAUUCAUUGGGGUGACAUGAACUAAAUAUAAUUCACAGAUUAAAUCUUACCUCACACUUGUCUUGAAAUGUGAAUCCACUAUCUGUUGCAUAUGCAUAUAACUAUACAGGCAUGUAAGUUAGAGAUGUGUAUAAGCAGUUUAGCCAAAGUUCAAUAUUUUAAUUGCCAUGUACAAGAUGCAUUAUGAUUUCAAUUGUGUGGUAGAAUUUGGUAUUGAAUAAUAGUGUUGGAUUGCUAGAUAUGUAAUGAUGCUAUCAUAGGAUUUUCAAACCUUUUUUAGCAUUUUAUUGCCUAUGAGUAGCAUUUAUAUAAGAAAUAACUGCAGAUGGUAAUUUUCCUGAUAUCAUAGUGUUAAUGACCUACUGCUGGACUUCAUCAUAAUACCAUUACUGUUCCUAAUAUCUCGAAGCUUUUAUUGUUUUCAGUAUCUGGCGAGCUUUCGAAAUUAUAUACUUCUAUUUUUACACCUACUGUAAACCAACUUAGAUGUUUUCAAAUACUAAUAGCCCAGUUUAUGUGAUGGCUAAUGAGUUUAGAAAUGGAGAUCAAAUGUGAUAGAUAAAACUGAACAGAAAGCCUUGGCUGUGAUAAACUUGAUAAUUAAUAACUAUCAGACAUAGAAAUAAUCUAAAAAUGUAAAGUGCAGUGAAUAAAGAUCUCGUUUCUUUGCAUCUUGUAUUUUCAUAGCGUGAAUGAUAGAAAUACUUCAUACUGGUUAGAAGUAUGACCAUGUACGGAAUGGACUGCUAUUACCGUUGUUACACUGUUACAUCAUUGUCUACUCUAUAGCAUUGCUUGGCUGUUAACUGUGUAUAUUAUAGUUGCUAAUAUGUGUGUCUUCUGUGGAGAUAAGGAAUCCAUGAAUGAACUGUGUAUUAAAAAGGAGAAUCCAAUAUAAAGAGGUAUUGAAACAAGUUCCUGAUUGCUCAACUUUUUCAUGGUAUUUAAAUGUCGACUUUCGUCUUCCGUUCGUAUGUUUAUGUACAUUUCUCAAGAUACCAAAAUUUCCGUGAUCAUUGUUCAUUUCUGGUUAAGAGUCUGAAUUUGAUGGUAGUCUGAGAUGUAGGAGUUUAUUGGGAUAUCGUUUAUACUUGACUGGUUUACCUUUGUGCUCCACUUUUAAUUUGAAUUUUUCCCUUUUUUUUUUGCGUGUGUGUGUGUGCACUUUUUAUUAAGAACAUUGCAUCUUAGAAAUAAGUUUUGGAUGUCAGAGAAAACACCUUGAAAGAUUUCUUGGUCCUCAUUUUCCUUCAUGUUCACAUCCACUUCUUCCUCCUCUUUCUCUCUCCCCCCCCCCACCUCUACUUCCUCUUCCUCCUCCUUAUUCCUCCUCUUCUUAUUAUUUCUCCUCCUCCUCUUCUUCUUAUUUCUCCUCCACCUCCUCUUCCUCUUAUUAUUCCUCCUCCUCCUCCUCCUCCUAUUUUUCCUACUCCUCAUCCUCCACCUCCUCCUCCACCUCCUCCUCUUAUUUUCCUCCUCCUCCUCCUCCUAUUUCUCCUCUUCCUCUUUUUUUUCUCCUUUUUGUCCUCCUCUUCUUCCUCCUCCUCUUCUUCCUCCUCCUCCUCUUCUUCCUCCUCCUCCUCUUCUUCUUCCUCCUCCUCCUCUUCUUCCUCCUCCUCCUCCUCUUCCUCCUCCUCUUCUUCCUCCCCUUCUUCUUCCUAGUCUUCUUCUUCUUCCUAGUCUUCUUCUUCUUCCUAGUCUUCUUCUUCUUCCUAGUUUUCUUCUUCUUCCUAGUCUUCUUCUUCUUCCUAGUCUUCUUCUUCUUCCUAGUCUUCUUCUUCUUCUUAGUCUUCUUCUUCUUCCUAGUCUUCUUCUUCUUCCUAGUCUUCUUCUUCUUCCUAGUCUUCUUCUUCUUCCUAGUCUUCUUCUUCUUCCUAGUCUUCUUCUUCUUCCUAGUCUUCUUCUUCUUCCUAGUCUUCUUCUUCUUCCUAGUCUUCUUCUUCUUCCUAGUCUUCUUCUUCUUCCUAGUCUUCUUCUUCCUAGUCUUCUUCUUCCUAGUCUUCUUCUUCUUCCUAGUCUUCUUCUUCUUCCUAGUCUUCUUCUUCUUCCUAGUCUUCUUCUUCUUCCUAGUCUUCUUCUUCUUCCUAGUCUUCUUCUUCUGCCUAGUCUUCUUCUUCUUAUUAUUAUUAUUAUUAUUAUUAUUAUUUAUUUAUUUUUUUUACCAUCUUCUCCUCUUCCUCUCUCCUCUUUCUUUCUCCUCUUUACCACCACGACCUCCUUUUUCUCUUCUUCCUUCUCCUCCUCCUCCUUUAUAUAUAACCCUUCUCUUUUUUCUGUUCUUUUUCCUCCUCAUCAUUCUUUUCUUUCUCCUUCUCAUUUGCUUCCUCCCCCUCAGGUCAGCUUUAUUUCAGUGUUAUUGGGUACCUUUAUUUAUUUUUUUUUAUUAGUAAUAAACACACAUGAGAAAAAGAACUACUGAUGAGUUGCAGGCUGAGGUUCUUUAGGGUGAUUUUUGUCAUGGCCACAUGUGUAAAUCUAAUGGUAUUUUCAUAGUGGACGAUAUUAUGCUUGGAUGAAUCGUGUCCAGGUCUUCACAAUGUAGUUAUCAUUUAUUGUUUUAGAUCAUUACAUAUUAAGCUAUCAUCAUUACUUUUACAAUUAUAAUAGUACAAACAUUUAUUUAUACAAUAUUGGGGGAUUUACUAAAUACAGAUGUGACAGUUGCUCAUUAGACAGUGAAUCAUUAAUCCAUUUAAUGGAUUAUUGAAGGAAGUAUGGCAUGUUGACUGAUAUAUUGGGUAUGCCUUUUGGAAGUUUUAAGAUCAUCUGAUAUUGUUUGUUAUAAGCAAAAUGUGUUCUAUGAUAAUAUUUUACUUUCAAAAUUAAUAUAUUGACUAAAACUUUCAGUGUCUGAUUUUUUAGUUCAUGUAAUAAUGGAACUAUUCAGUACGUCACAACUUCUAGUAAAUUUUCAGGUGAUGAAAUCACCCUGUGUUCCCUCAGUUUUGAAAGGGAAAUAAAGAGGUUUGCAUUUA